ACAUGCUUUCUCUCUCUUCACUCUAAAAAUACUAAAAAAAUAAAUUCAAAAAGAAAAAAAAAAGAGAGAGAGAAACGGAGUUUACUAGAGAGAGAAAGAGAGAGUAAUUUUGACUUGUGAAUCUAACACAACUACCAUCUUUAUUACAUCUAUAUAUAUACGUACAAACCGCCCCCGCUCUCGGGUAUUAUCGUAAUUUUUAAAUCCCAUUUCCUCACUCACACACAAACACACACACACGCAGAGCACAAUCCUUUUUUUCUCUCUCUAGAACUGAAAUUCACGAAUCAAACCUUUUUGAAUAACGACAAGAUGAAAUAAAUUGAGGGGGUAAUUAAUUGUUGUUUUAGUGGAAUUAAUUGCUGAUAUUGCAGUAAGUAAUUGAGCAAUAGGUAACGGUAAAUAAUUAGUUUCAGUUUGCAGUAUUGAAAGGGGGGUUUCUGUAACGUAAAAUUUCAAUUUCUGUUUUUUUUUUGGGGGAAAGAGUAGAGAAUCAGGGUUUGCGAUUUUGAAAGAGAGUUGGAGAAAAAAAAAGUGAAGUGUGAAGGAAGAUGGGGUUGAUAUCGGGUAUGGUGAUGGGGAUGGUGUUCGGGAUCGCGUUGAUGGCGGGUUGGAAGUACAUGAUGGGCCACCGGAGCAGGAAGCGUGUUGCUAAGGCGGUUGACAUUAAACUACUGAGCUCGCUGAGCAAGGAGGACAUGAAAAAAAUAUGCGGUGAAAACUGUCCAGAGUGGAUAUCGUUUCCUGUUUUUGAGCAGGUGAAAUGGCUGAAUAAACAACUGAGCAAAUUAUGGCCAUUUGUUGCAGAUGCAGCAGAGGCUGUCAUUAAAGAAUCUGUUGAACCACUGUUGGAAGAAUAUCGUCCUCCAGGGAUUACUUCUCUGAAAUUCAGCAAAUUAUCACUUGGAACCGUGGCUCCUAAAAUUGAAGGCAUUCGCGUUCAGAGUCUUAAAGAAGGUCAAAUCACAAUGGAUAUUGACCUUCGUUGGGGUGGUGAUCCAAGUAUUAUUCUAGCUGUUGAGGCCGCACUUGUUGCUUCUAUACCCAUUCAGUUGAAGGAUCUUAAAGUUUUUACCGUGGUCCGUGCUAUUUUUCAACUUUCGGACGAAAUUCCUUGCAUCUCUGCUGUAGUUGUUGCUCUUCUUGCCGAGCCAAAGCCACGAAUUGAUUAUACACUGAAGGCUGUCGGUGGUAGUUUAACGGCUCUUCCUGGGGUUUCUGAUAUGAUCGAUGAUACUGUCAAUACUAUUGUGACGGAUAUGCUACAAUGGCCCCACAGGAUUGUCGUUCCUAUUGGUGGCAUUCCUGUAGAUACAAGUGACUUGGAGCUCAAGCCAGUGGGAAAGCUGGCAAUAACCAUCACACGGGCAAACGACCUCAAAAACAUGGAAUUGAUUGGAAAAUCUGACCCCUAUGUUGUUUUACACAUUCGUCCCCUGUUCAAAGUCAAAACAAAGGUUGUCGAAAACAACUUGAAUCCCGUGUGGAAUCAAACAUUUGAGUUGAUCGCUGAAGACAAGGAGACACAGUCGGUCAUUUUCGAGGUAUUUGAUCAAGACAUUGGGCAGGACAAACGAUUGGGCAUUGCGAAGUUACCCCUAAGCGAGUUGGUAGCCGAAACAUCAAAAGAAAUCGAACUAAGGCUGCUCCCAUCGCUCGAUAUGCUUAAAAUCAAAGAUAAAAAGGAUCGAGGAACUCUAACAAUUCAGGUGUUGUAUCAUGAAUUCAACAAGGAAGAGCAAAUGGCUGCACUCGAAGAAGAGAAGAGGAUUUUGGAAGAGAGAAAGAAACUGAAAGAAGCAGGUGUAAUAGGGAGCACUAUGGAUGCACUCGACGGUGCAGCCUCAUUGGUCGGUUCCGGGGUGGGUAUGGUGGGUGCUGGUAUUGGUGCUGGAGCCGGGUUAGUGGGUUCGGGUUUGGGUGCUGGUGUUGGUAUUGUCGGGUCGGGUUUUGGAGCGGUUGGUAGCGGGUUAUCCAAAGCUGGAAAGUUCAUGGGUAGGACCAUCACUGGUCAAUCCAGUGCUUCUAGGAAGAGUGGAUCUGCCACUCCGGUGAACACUCAAGAAAAUGGAGGUGCAAAGCCACUGUAAAUGUGAACACAUACACUCUCUCUCUCUCUCUCUCUCUCUCUCUCUCUCUCUCUCUCUCUCUCUCUCUCUGUUUUGUUUUGGUGUGAAAUUUGAAGUGUUGGAUGAUGUGUGGUUAUGGGAGUUGGAUUCUUGAAUUGACCCAACGUUUGUAUGUUCUUUGUCAUGUAUUCUCUUGUGAAUUUAAAGUUUCAUUUUAAAAUUCUUUUUUAAAAUCUUUUUUUGUUUU